AUGUCCACACAGACCGACGCGCGCAUCGCCUCCCUCGCAAACGAGUCCCAGCAGCAGGGCCACCCAAUAACUCUGGCCGACGUCGACGACCAGCUGCGCUCGCUCCAACACCACCAAUUGCCCUCUGUCUCCUCGCAGCAAUACUUCGGCCAGCAGUAUUACCCAUACAUCCCAGAGAACCAGCUCGACGCCGACGCGCGGGGUGACGGCGGCGGCAGCCAGAAACGCGCACGCACGUCGAGCUCGCCCGACAUGGUCAAAAAAUGCUCGCGGUGCCGGGUCAAACGGCUGAACGAGGACCCCGAAAUGCUUGUGCGGUACCAGACGUGUGUGAACUGCCGCAACAAGCGCAAGGUGAAGGAGAAAAAAGUGCGGUCGCUGUCCAAACUGCCGAACCUGUCGGACGACUGGGCCCAGUACCAGCACAAGGUGUCUCUCAACACGCAAAUAGACCUCUACCAGCACAACUACAGAAACUACACCGACAAGGAGCUGUUCCCGCGGUACCGCCGAGAAGAGCUGACCGAGGAGAUUGUCAAGGAGAUGUCGGAGCUGGUGGUAAACCACUACAUUGCGCCGCUGCAAAUGCUGACGGGGUUCAAGUUUGCGAUCCGCGACCACCACAAGCCGAACCUGGCGGACCCGAACCCAAACAAGAGCAAGAAAAUCACGUGGAUGUACAUCUGCUCGCAGGACAAGUACCGGCAGCGGAAGAGCCGGAGCGAGAACAAGCGGCAGGUGGUCAACAAGCUGAAGACGGAGGAGUGCGACUCCAAGAUCACGCUCAACUAUGACCUGGUGACCGGCGUGGUGCAGCUCAGCUACAACCACAAGCACCACGCGCCGCUGAACUGGAAGAAGGACGGGUCCGAGGAGCUGCCGUUCCAGCUGGGCGACGUGCAGGGCAGACGCAAGUACCACGAGCUGCAGCCGAAGGAGAGCGACGUGAACGAGCUGAGCAAGCUGCUGAAGCAGGAGCCGCUGGACACGAACGAGAUCGUCGAGCUGGCGACGCGCGCCGCGCAGACCGACACGGGCAGCCAGCAGGGCCAGGAACAGCUGUACGACAUUGCGCUGCUGCAGCAGCACCAGCAGCACCAGUACCACCAGUACCGCGGCGACGAGAACGUAGACGAGAUGCUGCGGUGA